UUGAACCAGCGAAGAAGAACCUAUUUCCGUUCAGCUCUCUGCAGACAGCACAUCAGCUGUGUUUACAUCCAGUGUACUGUCAGACCUUCACUCCAUGAAGCACUUUAAUGUUAAAUAUCUGUGUUUCAGAGAUGCUCUUCUUCUGACGCAGUGACUCCGGAGGGACUAUUAACUGAGCUGAGCUGACGUCAUCCCUGCCUGUUACAUGGAGCUCUGUUUGUUCUAAGAUCAGCUGUUUUCUACCUGUCGACGCACCUGGAGUUCUUUUUCUGCAGAGGUUUCCUUCUCUCCUGCAAAGACUGACCCGGCAAUUUAAAGGCCAUGACGAAGCCCAAGAUGAGAAUUUGCCCCAAAUGUGGAGCGAGCAACCCUGCCAGUCGGAGGACGUGUGUGAGCUGCUACAUUUGCCUCCUGAAAAGCAAAGAAUUUAAGGAGAAAGAGAAGGCAGUGAGGACGGGAAAGUGGGGUCAGAACUGCUUAAAAUACAGAAACGGUGCCAGAGUUGUGGCCUCAGCCCGCCUAAUGGUGAGCAAACUUGCUGCUUUGGGCUACCACCCCAUUUUAUUGAUUGGGAAGAAGAAGAAGAAGAAGAAGAAUGCAGUGACCGCUGAGACGAUCACCUACAUGUGUCCUGAAGGAGACGGGCCCAUGAAGCCCUUUUUAGAAACGAUGAGCAGAGCCUACGAGUACAUACUCACGGAAACUCUCAGGAUACAGGUGGAGGAAGCUGCCACCUCUCUCUCUCCUCAACAGUACACCACCUCUUCCUCUCACCCAUCCUGCGUUUCUCAUCCUCCUCAUCCUUCCAGCUCCCCCUCCCAACUCUCACCCUCACCCUCCUCUCCUCUUCAUCCUCCACAACACAUCACUUCUAACCCCCGACCCUCUUCUCCGACUCUCCUUACGAACUCUCCCACUUCCACAUCCCCUCGAUCAUUUCCUCCUCAUCUUUCACAUCCUUCAUCCUCCCUCACCCCGUCUUUUUCUCACCCUUUGAUUAAAUCUGAGGAGGAGGCCUGUCCUCUCACCUCCGUCACAGUCCCAUUUUCUCCGCGUUUCUAUGGAGCCUCCUCGACAGCUCCUGCACAGUCGAACAUGAACAAAAGUGUGCCAAGAAAGCACUCCGUUUCUCCACAGCCUCUGAAGUCUCAGCCCGUCGAAACUGAAGGAGGUGUGCCCUCACAGUGCUGCUCCUCUCCUCAGCCUGCUGUCUCCUCUGUGUCCACCAGCACCACAGGCUGCAGAAACUGUUCAAAGCAGCAGAUGUUCUACUACGAUCAAGCAAUGGACACGAGAGUGAAAGAGGACACAGAGGAGGUAAAGGUCAGAUGGCUACCCUGCAUCUCAUGUGGGAAAACUUGGGAGGACACUUGGGAGCCGGCGAGCAGCAUCAUCUUUUUUAUUAAGUUGUGCCAACAAAGCACUUAGAGCAGGAUUGUAUUUGUGGAGACAUUGAGACAUUAAUAAUUGAAGAAGCUCUCAGAUAUUAAAUUGAAUUAAAUGAACAAAAACAAGAUCUACUGUUACAGAGUUUACUGGCAUUCAUUUCUGAAUGAUGAUGUAACACGAUGUGAAGUUAAUGACUGAAUACAUGUUAACAUUAUAUGUUUAAUUCCAAUGUACUGCAGAUUUUCAUGCACUAUAAAUAAGACCUGACUUGAUGGGUGUAAUGAAAUGUGAUAUUGAAAUGUUUUAAUUAUUCACCAAAGGGGGCCUGUUUAGACUUUGAUGCCAAUAUUUCUAAAACAUUAAAGUUAUGACUUAUUUUAUAAAACGUUUAUGGGAAUAAGUUGUAACAGAAGAUGAAGACAUCAGAGAGAGUUUAACUACAAAGGAGCAGGUUUAUUUAUCCCACCACAGAUUAUUUAUUUCAUUAUUUAUUCAUUUGUUUGUUUUAUUAAGUUAAUAUUAUUGUUGUUAUGUUGAACACAUAUCUCAUGUUUGUAUCUUUGAAUGCUUUCUCACCUAAGAUUGCCAAAAACAAAUAAAAAUCUGCUUCUAA